UGGAUUUGUGGCUUGGCUUCUCCAUGGCUUCCUGCCGUGCAUGUGACCCCAGGGUGCUGACAGCCGUUGUGUGUGGACUGCUGACGACCAUCGUUUUGGGACUGGGCAUCUGGACGACUGUGCUUAAGAUCCAGAGAGAACUAUCAACCUCCUCACCAAGCAUCCCUCUAGAGUUCUGCAGGAAUGGUGGAACCUGGGAAUAUGGCGGAUGCAUUUGUCCAGACUUAUGGAAAGGAUGGAGAUGUACAAUCACUAAUUUCUGUGAAAAGAGUACCUAUGAGAGUUUAACUUUUGAUAGAAUUCCAGUGGGAAAAUAUGGAUCUUCCCAGCAAAGAUGUGAUAAGGACACUUUGAAUGCGGGCAAUCCAAUAGCAACCCGGCUAUGCAAUAUUACCAUAUAUGGAGAGAUAGAAUUACAAAAUGUGACAAUAGGAAAUUGCAAUGAAACUCUGGAAACGCUGGAAAAGCAGAUAGUCAAUAUCUCAACACAGUCUCUGAAUAUUUCGGCUGAAGCUCAGAUUUUAACAUCUGAUGUCAAUAGAAUAACUCCAGAGGGCGUCAUUUCUGCCACUAGAGUGGUGGGGCAAAUCUUCAACUCAACCAGAAAUGCUGUACCUGAGGCAAAAGUAAUUGCUGUAACAACAGUGAGUCAACUUCUAGAUGCCGGGGAAGACGUUUUUCAGAAAGCUGCUGCUACUGCUUCUGAUAAUGAUGACACCUUGGCGACACUUAUUAAGCAAAUGGAGAUUUAUUCUACAUCUUUGGGUAACACGUCAGUGGUGAGACCUAAUGUGGCAGUACAGUCUGUGGCUUUCUCUUCAGAAAGCACUAUGGAGUCUCUAAACGUUCGCUUCUCUGUGAGGAAAGGAACUAGUGAUUCUCUCAUUUCUGGUUCCACAGUUGUGGAGAGAGAUGUGGACAAACUUAAUCCAGAUGGGGAGACUGAACUUCAAAUCUUGCUCAGUACCUCAAAAAGUAACACAACGGCAUGCGGCUUUGUAGUGUAUCAAAACAACAAGCUUUUCCAAUCAAAAAGUUUUAAAGCUAAAUCAGAUUUUAGUCAAAAAGUUAUCUCAAGCAGUACUGAUAAAAAUAACCAUCAGGGAGCUUCUGUUGAUAUUGUCUUUAAGCCAAGGUAUGACCAAAAAGAAUUCCAGCUCCAUUCCUAUGCCUGUGUCUAUUGGAAUCUGUUAACAAAGGAUUGGGACACACAUGGGUGUGACAAAAAUGGGAGCACGAAUGACUUCUUGUACUGCCGCUGCAACCAUACUACCAAUUUUGCUGUAUUAAUGAGUUUUGAAAAGAAGUAUAAAUAUCCUGAAUCACUAAACAUAUUAUCCAGCGUUGGAUGUGCGCUCUCCAUUACCGGUCUGGCUCUCACAAUUGUAUUUCAGAUUGUCACCAGGAACGUCAGAAAAACUUCAGUAACCUGGGUGUUGGUCUGUCUGUGCACAUCAAUGUUGAUUUUUAACCUCCUCUUUGUGUUUGGAAUUGAAAACUCCAAUAAGAACUUAAAGAAAAGUGAGAGCAGCACCGGGAAGCCUGACUCUGGUAGAAAUGAAAUGCUCAUGCAAGACACUGUUGACAUCGGGAAUCCCACAUGCACUGUGGUUGCUGCCCUGUUGCACUAUUUCCUGUUAGUGACAUUUACCUGGACUGGACUCAGUGCUGCCCAGCUCUAUUUCCUUCUCAUUAGGACCAUGAGGCCUCUUCCUCAACAUUUCAUUCUGUUCGUCUCUUUAAUUGGAUGGGGAGUCCCGGCUGUAGUGGUGGUCGUGACAGUGGGAAUUAUUUUUUCUCAGAGUGGUUCACAAUGGGAGUUAAACUACCGACAAGAAGAAAUCUGCUGGCUGGCAGUUUCAGGAAACGGUGGUCUUAUAUCAAGCCCGUUGUUGUGGUCAUUCAUGAUACCUAUCACCAUUAUCCUCAUCAACAAUAUUGUUAUAUUUAUUAUCAUUAUAGUCAAAGUGAUAUGGAAGACUAACCAGAAUCUGACAAGCACAAAAAAGGUUUCAUUCCUAAAGAAGAUUCUUAGUACAUUAUCUAUCACAGUUGUUUUUGGAGUAACCUGGAUUCUGGCAUACUUUAUGCUAAUUGGUAAUGAUGACGUCAGGAUUAUCUUCAACUACAUGUUCUGCCUUUUCAACACUACUCAGGGAUUACAAAUUUUUAUCCUCUACACUGUCAAAACAAAAGUCUUCCAGAGUGAAGCUUCCAAAGUGUUGAAGUCGCUGUCGCAGUCAACUGGGAGAGUGAGGUUGCUGCCCUCAGUGGCCCCCCUGAAGCUGCGUGUAAGGAUGUAUAACAUGCUCAGGUCGUUUCCAGCCCUAAGUGAACGCUUUAGGCUGCUGGAACCAUCUGUAAUUGUAGAAGAGACGACGUUCUCUGAAAGUGACCAAGCAGACUCAAGCAUGUAG